AACUAUUUUUUUUAUACUUAAUUAACUUAAACAACUUUUGCGAAAAUUUGGCAAAAAUACACAGUUUGUUAAUUAAAUAAAAAUAAAAUGAAAUACUUUAUGUUUAAUAAUAUUCCUUUUUAAAGCAAAGGAUUAUAUAUUGAAUGAAUAAGACUCCACAAGUAUUCUAUUGAAUAGUGUUAGAAACCAAGUGGGUGGUAGGAGUGCAAAAAAAAAAAAAAAAAAAAAAAUAAAAAAUAAACUGUAUGCAGUGAAUUUUUCAAAUAAAAAAAAAAAAAAACAAAAUAUACAUUUAAGUAACCUUAGUAAAUAAGGGCCAACAUGAAAUCAUCAAAACAUCGCGCAGCACGACUCUCCAGUUUGGCAGAAGAUAUAGGUAUUACAAUACCAGAUGAGACACCUUAUCGUGCCAGACUUCACCACCUAUUUGCCCAAAUAGAAAAGGAAUUUGAAAUGUUAUACUUGGAAAAUCUCAACUUACAGGAAAAGUUGGACAAUUACACCAAUAAAGAUUCCAUACAGUCAUAUGAACGUUCAACAUCUACGAACCCGAGUGGUGGUACCAACGCUGCCUCAGCUAUUAUACCUGUGACUGGCCAUGAUGACGCCGACAAUGCUAUCGCUACGGGAACGGUAUCCGCUUCCGGCAGCAAAAGUUUAAAAUCAAAAUUCACCUCUAGUGGUGGGAAAGUUAAAGCUAGCCAUAAGAUUAAGGCUCAAACUAGUCGUAUAGUGUCAAGUUUUAAGGCUCAGUCGGUAGUGAGUACUGUAAUGCGUGAAUUCUGCGGUCAUAAGGAUGGCGUUUGGCAAGUGGCAGCCAAAGUUGGACAACCUAUAAUAGGUACUGCAUCGGCAGAUCAUACCGCUUGCAUCUGGGGCAUAGAGAGUGGUCGUUGUUUGUUGCAAUAUACGGGACAUGUUGGAUCGGUUAAUUCGAUUAAAUUUCAUCAGAAUCGUGAUUUAGUAUUAACUGGUAGUGGUGAUGGUACUGCUCAUAUAUGGCAGGCCGCUGUUAAUUGGGAAAUUUCGAAGAAGGGGCAUUCAUCUGAAGAGGAACUCGAUGAUAGUGACGGCCAGGCGGAAGAUCGUGAUCGUGUUGAUACAUUGCGUACACCUCUGUGUGAAUUUACAGGUCCUGGUGGUCAUUUGUCCGUUGUUGUAGCUGCAGAUUGGUUACCCAAUAUGGAUCAAAUAAUAACUGGAAGUUGGGAUCGUACAGCCAUUUUAUGGGAUGUAGAAACCAGAGAACCUUUACAGCCUUUAACUGGACAUGACCAUGAAUUGACGCAUGUUUCAGCACAUCCAACACAGAGAUUAGUUGUGACGGCUUCAAGGGACUCGACAUUUCGCUUAUGGGAUUUUCGAGAUCCUAUACCGGGUGUAUCAGUAUUUCAGGGACACACAGAGAGUGUUACCUCAACGGUCUUUACCAAAGAUGAUAAAGUAGUAUCGGGUUCAGAUGAUCGCACCGUUAAAGUUUGGGAAUUACGAAAUAUGCGUUCUGCUUUAACCACUAUACGUACAGAUGCUUCAGUAAAUCGAUUGGCGGUGUCCAGUGGUGGUAUUAUAGCAAUUCCACAUGACAAUAGGCAAAUACGUUUGUUCGAUUUAAAUGGCCAAAGGGUGGCACGUCUGCCACGUACUAGCAGACAGGGUCAUAGACGUAUGGUAUCGUCAGUGGCCUGGGCUGAGGAACCCUUAUUAAAUUGCGAUCUAUUUUCAUGUGGUUUUGAUCGCAGAGUAUUUGGCUGGUCCAUCAUUUUACCAAAAGACAAUUGAAAACUACUUAAAACUUCCUCUUUAAAAUAAUAUCAUCAAAUAAUAUACAUAUUUUGUUACUAUUUGUUUGUUACAAAAAAAUGUCUGUUAAAAAAACUUUAAAGCUGUUAAUAUUUUCUAAAAACUUUUUACUCGUCUGACCAAAAAACUAAAAAUCGAAUAAUUUUGCACUCAUAUUCAUUAAAUUUCAAAAACCCUAAAGAAAUGUUAUCUUUUUCGAAUAAGCAUGUAACUCCCUCCAUUAUCACAAAUACGUUUUAAUUUUUUGUUAAAAAAAUAUAUAUCAAUUUUUAAUCGUAAUAUAAUAAAACUAUCAUUUUUACAUACCUUAUGUCCUUUUUUAGUAUUCAUGUUAUAACAUGCAUUCAUAUAUUUUUAAGAAUAUUUUAAUUGUUAACAAUAUUUUUCAAAA